AUGGCCCUUUCGGUGGUCAAUGUCGAUGAAGAUUUAUCUUCUUCAAUACUUCAAUUGCCGGAUGAUGAUGCAAGUCUGGAGAGCAGCACUGACGACUACCAUUCCGCACACAGCUGUUACCCAGUCCAUACCCUUCUGCUGAGUCGUCAUGGGGAUUCCAUUUGGAAUGGAGGACAGCCUGGUGUCCCAGAGACUUUCACUGGAUGGACAGAUGUUCCUUUGUCUCCCAGGGGGGUUGAAGAGGCAAAGUCCUUGGGCCGAGAACUGACACAGCGAUGGGAAUCAACAAUUGACGCUUGCUUUACAUCGACCCUGCAAAGAGCUCAAAUGACAGCGCACUACUGCUACUGGGCAUUUGCAGAAUUGCCAAAUAAUCGAGAAAUUAAACGUUUUGUCAUUGAUUACAGGUUGAAUGAACGGCACUACGGAACGUUGCAAGGAUUUUCGAAGGAAAAGGUAGAGAAAGGAGUCUAUGGCCAUGGGUCUUCUACCGUCAAACAUUGGCGAAGGAGUUGGCAUGCGGUUCCUCCAUUACUUAGUGCCGAUGACCCGCGGCGGAAACAUGAGAUUACUCGAUUUAAGGAAAUCUGUGGUGGGGAGGAAAGCAGAGUUCCGCGAGGAGAAUCCCUUAGUCAAGUUUCAAAGGACCGAAUCCAACCCUUCAUUGAGGAAGUUUUGACACCAACCUUGAAUAAGAGUCCCGGGGAUGGAGGUGGAACUGGAUUGAUUGUAGCUCAUGCCAACUCUCUGCGAGCAUUGAUUGGUGCCUUUGUUGACGUUGAAAACGAUCCUGUUGCUUUGCGAGCACUAGAGAGGUUACGAAUCCCGACCGGUGCACCAUUGAUACUGAAAUACCAAGCCUUACCCGAUGGCAGUACGCGAGUGUGUGAUUUAGAUGGCACACCAAUUGAAGACAGUGAUUGCUCUUCAACGGAUGAUCCGAAGCCUGAUUUGCCUGUUUGGCCUCUUAGUUCUGUUCCAAUUCAGUCGUCAGCAGAAAUAUAG